UUUACGCUCCCCAUCGCUCUGUGAUCUGCCAUGGAGGGAGAGGGAGAAGGAGAGGGAGAGCGUCCGGAAAAGCCUUUUCAGUAUAUUUUCCAAGCGGAGCUUUUCUGGAGAGCAGUUUCACAAUUAAUCAGAAGUCAAAAUGAAAAAGGCAUUUGAUCAAACUAUGAGGGACUUAAAGCGAGGGGUUAACAAGAAAGUUCUUAAAGUCCCUUCAAUAGAGCAGAAGGUACUUGAUUCUACUAGCAAUGAGCCAUGGGGUCCCCAUGGAUCACUUCUUGCAGAUAUUGCACUUGCCACUCGGAACUUAGGAUCAAUGACACUGGAAAAAAUUGGCGGCAUGUUUACAAGGCUUUAACUGUUUUAGAAUACUUGGUAGCUCAUGGGUCAGAACGUGUCAUAGAUGAAAUCAGGGAACACGCGUAUCAGAUAAAUACGCUAUCAGAUUUUCAAUAUAUUGAUUCCAGUGGCAGAGAUCAAGGAAGUAAUGUUAGAAAGAAGUCUCAAUGUCUUGUAGUUUUAGUGAAUGACAAAGAAAGAAUGCAAGAAGUUCGUCAAAAGGCAUCUGCAAACAGAGACAAGAAUAUGUUGAAUGCUGAUCAUCCCACAGUUGUCGAGUGAGGUUGAGUCUAGUACACAAGUGCGAGCAACAUUUAUCCAUCGCUAUUGACAUGAAUGUCACAGUUUGUAUAUCUGGAUUUUAUACAAUUAUACAAUGCCUUCUUGUGAAAUGUAUAUGUUUUUGGAUCUCCUCUAUCAUAACUUCAAGCUGAAAUCCCUUAAUGAAUUGUUAUUUCUUAUAGAUUCCGCAGUGUGUCAAUGGGUAGUGUGCAUCGUCCGAGUUCUUAUUCAAGUACAGGAGGAUAUGGCGAAGGUUGGUAUAGUGGUCAUUAUGGAAGCAGAGAUGAUAAUCGAAUUGGCUAUGGGAAGGAAAGGGGAUGGAGCCAUAGAGAUGAGGAUAUAUAUGGAGACUCAUAUGGACGUCAUGGAGAAAGGUAUGAUAGAGAAUAUGAGGAGCGCAACAGCCAUUAUGCAUACACUGAUAGUGAUUAUCGUGGAAGUGGAACAAGUAAAAGCAUUGAUGAAUAUGGUUCAAGAAGCAAAAGCUUUGACAGAGAGAGAGAAAUUGCUUGUGAUGGUAGUGAUCAUCAAUCAUCCAGGGGAAGUGGUGCUGCGGACCUCCCACAGAAUGAAAGGCAACAGCUUGAGCGGAAAUUUUCUGAACAAAACCUUGCUCCUCUGAGCCUCGAGGAGGCAGCUGGUGCUCCCACGCAUACUGCAGGGGAUGUGGGGACUUCACCAGUUACCGCCGAAUCAUCAUCCCAUCAAACAUAUGCAAGCCCAAGUCAAGAUACGGGUGCACCAGAAAACAAUGAAGCUGUUGAAUUGAGUGAAUUUGAUCCCCAUGUUUCCUUGUCAGCUGCCCAUUGUGCUUCUAGUACUACUGCUGGCCCUGAAGUGGAUUUAUUCGGCUCCCUAUUUGAACCACUCUCUUCCAAUUCACUAGCCCUCGUACCUGCUGGAUCACUUACUGGAACAUCGCAGGAUAUUAAGAAUCCCUUUGGUGAUGAACCCUUCAAAGCUAUCCCAUCUUCCAAUGGCAUACCUUCUCAACCUCCUGAUGUUACUCAACCAACGUCUCAUAUCUCUGACCAGGAUAUUGACAUAUUGGCUGAUAUUCUCCCCCCAUCUAGGCUUUCACAAAGUGAGCAACCCCUCCCAACUUGCCAAUUUGCACCUCAUAUAGGCUUUCCGCCACAAGCUACUCAGCAAGCCCUUCAUAUACGGUUUGUAUCUCAAAAUGGCUUGAUUGCUCAGCACGGAGCUGGCUCUCCAUCUCAAUCUGGUCAGGCUACUUUCAUGACAAGUUUUGCUGCUCAGCCUGGGCAACAGUUGUUACAAACAUCUCAUGUUGAUUCACGAAUGUGGUUUCCUGCUCAAAUCCACCACCAACCUCAAUCUUUGGCACUUGUUCUAUCUCAAGCUGCUCCUUAUAGAGGUUUUGUUGGGAGUUAUAAUAGUGCACCUCUAUGUCAAUUCUCCCGCUCAAUGUGUACACAAGCUGGAGAAACUACACAUGAUAAUAAUUCUAUGCAUUUUUCUUCACAUCAUGGUGCACUUGCACAAGCACCGUCACAGAUGGCAGCCCUUCAAUCGCCGAGAACUCAAACAGAAACCAUCCCUCCUUUUUCCACUCAGCCUCCAACUCAGCCAGCCAAGGAAAAGUUUGAGACAAAAUCUACAAUUUGGACCGACACACUGAAUCGCGGACUGGUCAAUCUAAACAUUUCUGGGCCUAAAACAAAUCCAUUAGCCGAUAUUGGAAUUGAUUUUGAUGCUAUGAAUCGCAAAGAAAAGAGAAUGGCGAGUAAUUCUACGGCACCAAGCAUUACAAUGGGGAAAGCCAUGGGCUGUGGCUCUGGAAUUGGGCGCGCCGGUGCAGGUGCUCUUAGGCCUCUACAGACUCAGAUGGUUAGUGCUCAUCCGGCAGCAGCAGGAAUCCCCAUGGGAGGCUACAGAGGACCAAUAAACCAAACAAUGGGUAUAGGGAUGAUGAGACCAUUGCUGCCACAACAGCAGAUUCAACAGCCUAAUUCUGGCUUUCCUCCUGGAACUAAUGUAAGUGGAGGUCAGUAUCCUCUCCCUGGAACUACCUAUUACGGCCACCAACCAUUUGGUGGGGGAUAUCGCCGUUGAGGUCCGAUCUGCCAUGUUGAUCAAUUUUUUUUUAAAAAUAUGUUCUUUUUAUACAAAACAUACCCUCAUCCCAGAUAGUUGCUUGUUUGGGUUAUACUCCCUUUUUCUCCUAAUUCUACCACACAAAAAACGUCUUUCGAUAGUUAGCAACAUGCUCGAAAGUUCGUACAAAAUUACAAGCAUGUCCUCACUCUAGUGACCAUUGUAGUUUCUCUUCCAGAACCUGGAAAAUGACCACGGCUGGCUAGUGCAUUAGGAUAUUGUAUACUCCUUGGAUAACAUUCUUGGUGGACAUUUUGUGAAUUGUUACAUUCUUGCAUUAUGUCAUUUGGAUAUUCUACCUUGAAUAAUAUACACUGUCAAAA